UCAUUUUCAGAUGAAAUGAUAAGUAAGGGUAUUUAUGGUCUGCCUCUUGUGUUGAAAGCUGAGGAGGAAGAGGAGAAGAUCAUCCUACAGCAGGCAACAAUCGGCAUCAUCUCAUCAUGAAGACUCUGUCCGUGUGUUUGCUGCUUUGUGCAGUGAUGACUCUGACCAGAGCUGCUGCUGUUCAAGAAGCAGCAGCCAAAAACAAUCAAGUCGCUAAGAGUCACCUGUUCAAGAGAUCGGCAGCUUGUUCUGGUGGAUGGUCCGAGUUCAACGGUCGCUGUUUCCGCUACGUUCCCAAAGCCAUGAAAUGGGCUACAGCCGAGAAAAACUGUCAGGCUCUUGGUGGACACCUGGCAUCGGUGCGUGACGCUACGGAGUACAGCGUCAUUCAGAAGCUGAUAUUGACGGCCAGCUAUGGGCACAAUCCAACCUGGAUUGGAGGCUCCGAUGCUCAGCAGGAGGGUACCUUUCUCUGGACUGAUGGAACACCUUUCCACUACACCAGCUGGUGUCCUGGAGAGCCGAAUAACAAUAUGUGGAAUCAGCACUGCAUCCAGAUGAAUUAUGGAAACAGCAAAUGCUGGGACGACCAAAAGUGCUGGGUAUAUCUUCCGUCUGUCUGCGGCAAAAACAUGUGAUGACUCCUGGGCAUGAAGUCGUGAGACAGAACACAAAUGCUCACUUUGUGUUUAAAAGUUCUUACUUCUUUGUGUAAUCAGUGUCAUUUUGAAACCAAAGGCUCUUUACAUCUCUUUUAAAGCUUUACAUUUUAAUAAUCGCUGCAACGCAACCGAAGGAACAGACAAGUUACACAAACUGAAGUUGGAUCAUCUUUGGGGCCUGGUGCCUUUAAUAAUGUUGAAUGUGGAAUGAAAAGAAAGCUUUUAGCAUGACUCUCCUUUCUUGUCAUUUGCAACAUUAAAAAUUUCAAGCAUUCAA